AUGGCCACGUCACGCCUGCUGCUGUGGCUGCUGCUGCCCACCCUCUGUGGCCCCAGCACUGCUGUGGAGACCACCUCAUCCCUGGCCUGUGCCCAGGGCCCCGAGUUCUGGUGUCAAAGCCCGGAGCAAGCACUGCAGUGCAAGGCCCUGGGACACUGCCUUCAGGAAGUCUGGGGACAUGCAGGAGCCGAUGACCUGUGCCAAGAGUGUGAGGACAUCAUCAACAUCCUCACAAAGAUGACCAAGGAGAACAUUUUCCAGAAAACCAUUCGGAAAUUCCUAGAGCGUGAGUGUGAUGUCCUCCCCUUGAAGCUGCUCGUGCCCCAGUGCCGCCACGUGCUGGAUAACUACUUCCCCCUGGUCAUUGACUACUUCCAGAGCCAGAUCACCCCAAAGGUCAUCUGCCAGCACCUGAGCCUGUGCCAGCACAGGCAGCCUGAGCAGGAGCCUAGGAUGCCAGAUCCUCCACCUGACCCUGUGCUGGACGCUCUGCCAGAUAAGCUGGCCCUCCCCGUGCUGCCAGGGGCCCUCCUGGACAGGCUUGGGCCUCAUACACAGGAGCUCUCCCAGCAGCAGUUCCCCAUCCCCCUGCCCUUCUGCUGGCUCUGCAGGACUCUGAUGAAGCGGGUGCAGACCAUGAUCCCCAAGGGAGUGCUGGCCGUGGCUGUGGCCCAGGUGUGCCACGUGGUACCCCUGGUGGUGGGCGGCAUCUGCCAGUGCCUAGCCAAGCAGUACACCAUUCUCCUUCUGGACGCACUGCUGGGCCGCAUGCUGCCCCAGCUGGUCUGCGGCCUGGUCCUCCGGUGCUCCAGUGAAGAUGGCGCUGGCCCAGCCCUCCCUGCUCUGGGCUCCCUGUCCGACGAAUGGCUGCCGCCAGCCUCCCAGUGCCAGCUCUGCAUGUCCGUGACCACCCAGGCCUGGAACAGCAGCGAGCAGGCCACGCCACAGGCCAUGCGCCAGGCCUGCCUCCGCUCCUGGCUGGACAGGGAGAAGUGUGAGCAAUUUGUGGAGCAGCACAUGCCCCAGCUGCUGGCCCUGGCGCCUCGGGGCUGGGAUGCCCACACCACCUGCCAGGCCUUGGGGGUGUGUGCCACCACGUUCAGCCCCCUCCAGUGUCUCCAGAACCCCCUCUUCUGA